AUGGCGCUGCGGGUGCAGUCGCAGCUGCGGCUGCUCCGGCCUCUGCUUAGCGGCGUCUCCGCGCUGCCGCGGGCCCUGAGCGUCCUGUGGCCGGACGGGACCGGGGAGGCAGCGGCGGAGGGCGGCGGGGAGGCGGAAGAAGAUUUUGGGGCGCUGUCCAGCCGCUUCUCGUCCCGCUUGCUGUACCGCAAGGCGCGGCCGGAGCUGCGGGACGAGGCGGAGGACGAGGAGGAGCCCGAGCACAGGCGCUGGCGCGGCCCUCGCAACACGCCGCGCUGGUACUUCCUGCGGUGCCAAGCGCUGCUCUGCCAGGGCCAGCUGGCUGAAGCCCUACAGCUGUUUGAGGUACAGAUGCUGAAAGAGGAGCGGUUGCGGCCUGAGGAGAUGAACUACACUGUUCUGAUCGGGGGCUGUGGCAGGGUUGGCUAUAUGAAGAAGGCAUUCCAGCUUUACAAUGAUAUGAAGAAGCGGGGUUUAGUCCCUACGGGUCCCACAUAUACAGCCCUGUUCAAUGCCUGUGCUGAAUCACCCUGGAAAGAUUCAGGCCUGCAGAGUGCCCUCAAGCUAUGGGAAGAACUAAAGAGGAAAAAUCUAGAGAUGAAUCUGAUAACCUACCACUCGCUGCUGAAAGCUUGUGCCAUCUGCUCAGAUCUCAGGUUAUGCUUCACUGUACUCAAGGAAAUUGUGGAUAAAGGUCACGUUGUCACUACAGAGACCUUCAGCUUCCUUCUUAUGGGCUGCAUAAAGGACAAAGAGAACGGCUUCCGAUAUGCUUUGCAGGUUUGGCAACAAAUGAGACAGCUGGGCAUAAAAGCUAAUGGUUUCAUCUACAACCAAAUGCUCUGUGCUGCACGGGAUUGUGCAAUAGGUGAUCCGGCCCUGGCCUCUGAUCUGUUGCUGAGACCCACAGAGGAGAACUCGCCUCUCUCAAAGCUCACAUCGGGUCGGAAAAAGAAGAAAGCAGCCAGUGAAAUUGCUGCACAGCUGGAUGUGGAAGCCAUGGAAAAACAACUGUUUUGGGGAAAUUCCAGACAGCCUGAGGAACAGUCAGUCAGCCAGGAAGACAGAGUUGUGGGCAAGAAUCAGGCCAGGAUGGGAACUGUACAGGCUGCUGCAAACAAUGAGAGAGUAGAACAUAGAAUGGCUGGGGACUUGGUGGUCUUUGAUAGGAAUCAAACUGUUUCAGACCAACCUUCAGCAAACCCUGGUCCCGAUUUGGAGCUGCCUUACAACCCACCCAACUUAUUGGACUCAAAAAUCUCUAAGGAUGUGGUUUCUUUAGGGGCAGUAGCUACACCUUUCGACAGAUUGGCUUUGAUGGGAAACAUGGAAGGGUUCUUGAAUAAAAUGAAAGAGGACAAUGUGGCACCUGAUAUUAGAACUUUUACACUGUUGGCUGAGCUUGUGGAACCUCUGAGCCAGUCAGAAUCUUCUUUGCUGACAGUCCUGGAUGAAUAUAAAGUGCCAGUAGAUCUGACUUUCUUUAAUACUUUACUGAGAAAGAAAAGUAAAUUGGGAGACCUAGAAGGUGCAAAGGGUCUGCUGUCAGUUCUAGUGAAGAGGGGACUAUCACCCAGUCUACAUACUUUUUGUAACUUGGCAAUUGCCUGCUGGAAGGAGAAAGAUGGACUGCAGUUACUAUCCGAUAUGAAGCGGUCUGGGAUCCAUAAGGAAACACCUCUUAUUUGUAUGUUUACAGGGAGGAGCAGGGUGAGACCAAUUACACUUUAACUGUCUCGCUCCUGGCCAUCGCUGAGGUCACACUGUAACAGCGACCUAA